CCUCCCCCACCCCCGCCCCCUGUGUCCGCUCUGCCUGCGCCGCGUCUCUAUGGCGGCCCCAACGGCUCACUUCUUGGCUGAGGAAAAUGAACGCGGGCGCUGAAGUUGACCAUAGUUGCGCUACGGUUGCUGCGCUACCGGCAAGGUCCCGAGAAGACAGUCUCGAGGAGGAUAGCUUUGUCCCAUCGGCGCUGGGGACCCGAGAGCAUUGGAAUGCUGUCUAUGAGAGAGAACUACAAACUUUCCAAGAAUAUGGAGAUGUGGGAGAAAUCUGGUUUGGUGAAGAGAGUAUGACUCGACUAAUAAGGUGGAUGGAGAAACACAAGAUCCCAUUGGAUGCAUCAGUGCUUGAUAUUGGAACUGGAAAUGGUGUUUUCCUGGUUGAACUUGCAAAAUUUGGCUUCUCUGAUAUUACUGGAAUUGAUUAUUCUCCUUCUGCCAUUCAGCUUUCUGGAAGUAUUGUAGAGAAAGAAGGGUUAUCUAACAUUAAAUUGAAGGUGGAAGACUUUUUGAAUCUUUCUACAGAGCUGUCUGGAUUUCAUAUUUGUAUUGACAAAGGGACUUUUGAUGCCAUAAGUCUUAAUCCUGACAAUGCAAUUGAGAAGAGGAAGCAAUAUGUGAAGUCUCUCUCCAUGGUGUUGAAAGUAAAAGGCUUUUUUCUAAUAACCUCAUGUAAUUGGACCAAGGAAGAGUUGCUAAAUGAAUUCAGUGAAGGAUUUGAACUUUUUGAAGAGUUGUCAACACCCACAUUCAGCUUUGGAGGCAGAUCUGGACACAGCGUAGCAGCAUUGGUUUUUCAGAAAAAGUGAAACUUUCUCUUGGAAAAAUUCAGGUAGCUUUUUAAAAGAAGCUACAGAGAAAAGCAAACCUGGUACAGAAAAUAGAAGGACAAAUAAAUGCUUAGUAAGUACACAGAAUAUACAGGGUGACUAGUUGUAAUGGGAUGAUGAAAAUAAUGUCUAUGUAAGUGGUUGUUCUUAAGAGAUUGAUGAAGAAUAAUUUUAAGUUUGCUUUUAUACAUGAAAUAUAAAUGUUUUCCUUUGUUUGCCUUAAAACAAUUUCUUGUGACUGCUAAGCAAUUAGUAAAUUAUUUUGCAAAAAGCAUGUAUUCUUGAUUUUUGUGCAUUGGUAAAGUGGAAUUCAAUAUGACUAUUUAGGAAGAUUACCCCAAACUCAUUGAGGUCCAGAAUAACAACACAACUUUCUUAAUAUUUUAUGAGGAUAUGAAAUAUAAAAAUAUUAUUUUGGGUUGAGUGGUGGUUACUUUUAAAAUAGUUUAAUAGCUGGGAAGAACUUCUUGACCUUCACAUAUGUAAUUAGGAAAAAUAGAAAUGUAUCAGUUGAUCAGGAAAUACUUAUUGCCAGGUUUGGUGGUGCACGUCUAUAAUCCCAGCAUUUGGGGAUCUCAGGCAGGGGGAUCUCAGGCAGGGGGAUCUCAGGCAGGAGGAUCGCAAGUUUGAGGCCACCUUGGACUACAUAGCAAAACUCUGUCUCAAAAAACAGAAACCAAACCAAAACAAAAAAAUAAUUGAAUUUUGUCAUUCUGAGAAAGGGUGGUAUCAGUUAUAUAAACCCUCAGGGCUAUAGAGGCAAAUGUUCUAGUUAGGGGCUAAUUUAGCAAGACAGUGAAUUUAUUGCUUUGAAAAGAUAAGGAGGCUGGGGAUUUAGCUCAGUGGCCUAGCAUUUAGCAGGUACCCAAAACCCUGGGUUUAAUCCCCAGUACUGCAAAAACAGAAACAGCAACAAAGGUACUACUUAAUGCCAUUUUACAUCAGGUUAGUUUUUUAAUAUUUGGGUUGUUUUUUAAUAUUGGAGUCAUAAUGCAAAGUUUUCAAAAGUGAUAGCAUUUGAUGAUUUUUUUUUUAGCUUUUUGGUUCCAUCGGGUUACAAAACUAACAAUUUUUGUUGUUUAGUAAAUGUUCUUCCAUAAUUAAGUCUUGCAUUAUAUCUUGUUUCUUUUAUGAGGGUUGGAGGUUGGAUGAAUCUUAGAUCAACAUUAAUGUUACUCUUAGGCAGCAUAGCUAAAGAUAUUUUACGUGGAGCAGUUUUACAAGGAGCAAUUUGGGAAAGCAUUUAUAAAGUAUAAAAAGUGAGAAAUUACUUAAAAAUGUAUCCAAUUUAAACAUUUUAAAAAUUGUGUUGGUUUUUAUGUGAGCUCUUAAAUUAUAGGAACAUAACAAUUAUAAUUUAUUGAGGAUCUGUUUUUUUCACAUUAAUAGUCUGUGGUUUUGAAUAUAAUACUAACUAAAUAAGUAAUCUUUUAGAAUUUUGAGUAACCAGUAAAAGCACCAAUCCAACAAAAUAGGUUUUCUACAUGUGACUAGACAGACAUUAAAUUUGAUUCACGGAAAACUCGAAAUAGGUCUUUGUUUAAAAACAAAAACCCAAAAAAACUGUUUUGAGUCCUUGGUAGGGCAUGUUUGUUCCAUUUGUAAAGGUAAAGCCUUUUUUGUUCUUUUUUUUAAUCAUGGAGCUAUUGAUAAGGUUAGGAAAAGGGAACUGUGAUUCUUCUUACCACUUUAAUCUUGGUAGAAGACAGCUUUUUAAUGAUUGAAAUCAGAAUAAAUGGGAAGCACAACAUCCUAAUGUGAAAUUAUAUUUUCAGAUAAUACUAAGCUAUUAGAAACUGGGCCAUUAAAUGUCACCAGUUAAUGAAAUAACCCAUAAACGCAUUAUUAUUAAACUUAGUAUUGUUAAAUCUUACGCAUUGGCCGGCAACUAUGAACAAAAUUAUACAGUUAUAAAAAAGAGCGGUAAGUUAUGUAAUGAAUGCUGUUUUCUAUGGAUAAGAAGUUGGAAUUGUAAUUUUAUUUAAUCAAAAGGCUCUUAUUUUGAGGAAACUUGUUUGAAAUGCAAAUGAGAUUGCUCGGAGAAGCCUGCUCAGAAUUGUUGCUUUUCAUGAUGAUGUUACUGCUGUAUAACCAGCUACUUCUACAUGUUAGAAGUAUGUACAAAUGCAAGUCCAAAGGGAAUGGGAUGGGCUCUACCAGUUAACAUAUCGAAAGUUUUAAAAACAGUUUGUUUUAAGCCCAGUGCACAAGUUAAGAGUUACUUUACUGGGCUGGCAUUUAUGUAUAUAAGGAUCAAACCUGACACUACUUUUAGCAAUUUUACUCAAGCUAUUUAAAAAUAAAUGCAUUCUUUGAGUUUUUUCUGCAUCACAGUAGAAAUGAGCUUGCUUUUCUUCAUCUGUGAUAAAUAUGCGAUCUUUUGUUUAAUUUGAGGGAAGAAGUAUACUAAACAUAUACAAAAGGCAGUCUUUAUGAAUAAUAUGCUCCAAUUCACUUACAAUAUGUUUUCAAAUUUCUAGAAUACUGAAAUACAGUAUUGUAUAUUGGCCUCAUUUCAUAUUCACCCAUAGUAUAACAGAAAACUUAAUUUUUAAGAAAUGUAUGUUAGUAAUUUUUAUAUAAUUUAAAAUGAUUUUCCUCAAAUUGGUAUGCAAAGAAAUAAAAGCCUUCCAGUUUAUCUUAA